AUGGAUUUAAUGGAAUUUACCGAAUUUUUACAAAUGCAAAAAAGUUUAGCCGGUACCACAAACAAUUCAAAUGCUCCAACAACUUCGACGAGUACAACUUCAGCUGGUAGUGGUAGUAGUAGUAAUUACCUAAACUCCAAUUCAACAAAACAUACUGGAUCAAAUUCCGUUUCCGAAAUUACCACCACAAGUAAUAGUGGCGGUAGUUCUAAACGAAUCGGUAAAGGUAAAGAAGUUCUUGCUAAUCCGAUUGAUUUCAAUACUUUUGAUGUUUCAGUGUUACGUAGAUAUAAACGUAUUCAUAAAUUAAAAGUUAAAGAAUAUGCAAGUAAAGAAGAACUUGUGGCAGCUGUUAGUAAGCAUUAUGCUGCUCAACAACCAAAAGAAGUUGAUGCCAUUGCAGCUUUUAUUUAUUCUGUUCACCAUCAAGAUACAACGUUGAAACUACCAAUUCCUUGA